UCUCAUUAUAUUCUCGGGAAGAUCGCGAGUGGCCGUGCGGUGCUCGGCACCGGUGGCACGGCAACAAAACAAGUUGUGUACAGGCUCGUGCGUGACUCAUAUUGAUGAGAUGUGAUUGGUUUGGCGUUGCGAAGAGAAAGGGUCAGGGGUAGCCAUUUGACAGUGGUCAGUGCUGUAGGACCUGUCUUCCCGAUUCACGUGUGUUGUGUGGAUGUCCAGUUUGAAUAAUAUUUAAGUUUGUGUGCUCCUUUGGAUUUAUUUAUUACGGGACUUGACAAUGAUUUGGUUGAUAUUUCUUAUGGGGAUGUGCAUGCCCUGCUGGAACGCCGAGCCGGCUGCAUGUACCGAAGACUCUCAUUGUCAGGAGGGUUACUACUGUCAAACGAAUGUAUACUUCUGCCGACAAUGCUUGCGAUGUGAAGACUACAAGCGGGCGCCUCCACCCGGGACUAUAGAAUGCGUGAAAUCAGUGGUGGAGUGUGGAGGCUGCCUUGAAUCGAAAAGUAGCGGUAAUAAUGAUUGCGGACCUAAACCCAGUUUCAUGAGCCCAAAGUUUGGACGUCCAGAGUCUCAUGAAAUGAGACUGCCUAUCUACGCAUGGGUCUUACUAGUGCUUCUCGUUGUUGCGAUGAUUAUCGGCGGCGUUCUUCUUAUCCCGUUUAUCAACAAGAUGACUUACACCACCGUGUCCCGAGUGGAAUGUCAACUUCCUCCACUAGGGACAAACGACCAAUUGGAGAGCACGUGGAGCGCGCCGCCUGCUUACAACGCGGUUGUCAACAUGCCAAGCCAUAUUGAGGAAGAGCAAACUUUUCACUUGAAACCAAUAGAAACUGCGCCCCCGAAUGAAGCCCGCGAGUUUGCAGACCGACAGGCCACUCGGCCAUACAGCCUCCCGAACUACGUUCGACGGCCGCAGCUGUCCACCAUACCCUCGCCUGAUUCACUUUCUAUUCACAAUAAUAACACGGAGAUGGAAAAUAGUGUCGACGGAGUAGUCACCGUUCGAAGCCCACUAAUGACAACUGUAGAUGAUGUUUUACAAAAUGGUGCUGCAUCUAACUUGGAAGUAUGUCCAAACGGCGUAAGAAGCAGUUCUCAAGCCAUCGAUACCGCGGCCUCUGCAGCACCUGAGAACACACAUAUUACGCCGCCAGUGGUCGUAGUUAACAAUAACGUUCAUUUACAAUCAGUUUCAUUAUCUGGGGCUAACAUUUUUAUGCCCCAUUCUCCUAAUAGUGUAGAGCGACGGUAGCUUUUACUUUUAUUAUGUUUAAGUUAUUAAUUAUUGAAAAUUUUCGGAAUGAAUGUGCCGAUUAAUGUCACAUAAUCUUUGAAGAAAUCCAAAUUUCUAAUUAGAUAGAAUAAGAAAUGGAAGAUAAAUAGCGCGUGGCAUGACAAGAUCAGUUCAUAGUAUGAAAUAGGAGAGUUCUACUGUUUGUUAGAAACAGUGACACAAAGGUAGUCUCCUGACAAACGUGCUAAUUAGUGCUUGAUCGAUUCAUCAGUUGAAACCUAAUAAUAAGCUAUUUUUCAAAAGUUUAAUAUGACAGAUAGGUAUUUUACAUACACAAAAUAUGUUGACUAAUUUAACAUAAAGUACUUACUUAAUUUUAAGUUCUUAGUACCUUGAUUUCUGAUACGUUUUUACCUCGAUUACACAAUGUUGUGAAAAGGUGGACUAAUUAGAUAAAAUAAAAUUGGUUAUUAUCAUGAAAAAUGAUAAAACUCGUGAACAGUCUAAUUGGUAAUUUUAUUUGAAGUAGAAUAGUACAAAGUAAGUAGUAUAUAACAGUAGAAAGUAAGUAGAAUAUUAGGUACAUUUGUAACAUCAAGGUGUAGUUUUUAAAAAAUAUCUAUAAUACUAUAUACUUACAAUAUUAUUGUAUGCAAGAAAUGGAAAACGUUGCUCAAAAUGCAUUUGUUAAUAGGGUAGAUUGUAUAGAGAUGAAACGGAUAUCCGGCAACUAUCCGAUAUCUGGCCUAUCCGGCGGCCUUAAUACUAUCCAGCCAAAACCGGAUAACUGCUAUUCGGCCGAUAAAAAAAUAUCUAGAUAAAAAAAUAUUUGAAAGUAAUUAUUAAUUUUAUUUAAUAAUUAAUUUUAUUUAAGAAAUAUAAGUUGUUUUAGUUUAUAGUAGAAAAUGAAUUAAUUAAUACUCAUAAUGCACUAAGGGCCAAUUAUCUAUACUAAUAUUAUAAAGCUGAAGAGUUUGUUUGUUUGUUUGAACGCACUAAUCUCAGGAACAUGUUAGAAUGAAAAAUUAUUUUUGCGUUGAUUAGACCGUUUAUCGAGGAAGGCUUUAGGCUAUAGGAGCAAAGAAAUAAUGGAAUAAGAAAAAAAAACGGGGAAAGUUAUUCAUCCUUGAGGACUUUAAUGAUGCCCAAAAUAAAUAUUCCACGCGGACGAAGUCGCGGGCACAGCUAGUGGUGAAUAAAAACCAAUUUCUCUGCAUUGAGAGGUAGCUGGCAACAAUAAGACAUUGAAAGAAAAGAAUUGCUAACAUCGCUCACCAACGAAAAGAUCUGAAGCGAACCGAGGACUCCUAAUCGUUGCACCACGUUCCAUCGGACAUUCGGCGGCCGGAUAUCCGGCUAUCAGGCCAAACUACUAUCCGUUUCAUCUCUAGAAAGUUCUAAUUUUUAAUCUUUUAACUAAAAUUUUCCUGAUCAAACAAGGAGUUGAUAUAUAUUGUGAUAUUUAGUGAGAA